AUGUUAAAUUAUUAAGAUUAAAUAUUUCUAUCACUUUUAAAACUUGGAACUAAAAUGGAUUCUAUAAUGAUUAUAAAACGUUUUGGUUUUGGUCUCCUUGAUUAACAGAACUUCAUAUAAAUGAUUAAGGUAGUUAAUGAUUAAAUUCCUCAAGAAGAGGUUCAAAAUUUUUAUUUAUCAACUCUCAUGUAGUAUGAAGCAUCAGCUAUUUCAACUUAUAUUUUAAAUGAUUUGCUUCGACAAGCCAGUUAAAUAUUGGCUAAAUAGAAUAUUAAUCAAAGAGAUCCAAAUCAAAUUUUACAUUUAAUUUCUAAAUCUCUUCAAGUAAAGAAUUAAGAAAUUGAGAAAGUUUUUAGAAUUUUUGAUUUGGAUAAGGAUAAUUUUCUGAAUGAAAAUGAGUUUAAGACUUUCCUAGAAUUCUAUGUCCCAACUCUAUCCCCUAAUGAAUAUAUCAAAUUGAAAAAUACAUUAAAUACUUAAAAAGUGACUAUUUACAAUCUAAUGAGCUGGAUGUAAGAAAGUAAUUCUAUGAGAAACAGUAUAAAAUCAAGAAGAUAGCCAUAACAAAAUCAAUAAAACUUAUAAAUAUAUAAAGAAAAGAGACAAAUGACUCCAAACAUUCGAAAGAAAUAAAAUGAAACAACACCAACUAAAAUACUUCCAUAACCUUAUAAACCCUAAUAACACUAAAAUAAAUAUGGAAUACCUAAAGCACAAAUACUAAAAGGUGAUCAGUAGUAAUAAUUGAUAAAAUAAUAAUAAUAAUAAUCUAUAAGAUUAUAAUUAUAGUAAUAAGAAUAAGAACAAGAAUAAUAAAUAAGAUUAUAAUUAUAAUAAUAGUAAUAAAAAUAAUAAUAAUAAUAAUAAUAAUAAUAAUAAUAAUAAUAAUAAUAAUAGUAAAAAGAAUAAUAGUAAUAAGAAUAAUCAAUAAAAUUAUAACUAUAAUAAUAACAAUAAAUAAAAUAAUUAAUAAAACCUCCUCAGAAUGAUUUGAGUAAGAAGAAAAUGAAUCCUAUUUUAGAAUCUAUAUUAUAUGAAGAUCCACAGUAAGCAAAUAUUUUGAAAUCUGAAAUAAAAUUCUAGGAUUAUAUAGUUUUAGACUAUAAUAUACCAGGAGUUUAGGAUUAUAUUUAGAAGUUUAAUGAUUAAUUGAAAUAGAGACAAAUUUUUACUGAUAAUGAAUUUCCUCCAAAUGCAAAUAGUUUAGGUUAAAAAUUAACAUAAUUUUAAUGGAAGAGAUUGAAAGAUAUUUGGCCUACAUAUGAAGUUUUUGUGAAAGAUGUAACUGAAUCUCGGUAUGGUUUGGGAAAAUGGAUAAGUCCAAAAAAUAUAUGUUAAGGACAAUUAGGAGAUUGUUAUUUUUUAUCAGUAAUAAGUUCAAUGGCAUGUAGAUGGUAAUAGAAAUAUACAAUUACAAUAGGCCUGACUAUUUACUAGACUUAUUUUUAACUUAAACAAAAAAUCCUUAUGGUAUGUAUUCAAUAAGACUUUGUAUUGAUGGUAUUUGGAAAGCUAUUAUUCUUGAUGAUUUUAUACCUACCAAAGAUAAUUAACCAGCAUUUUCGUAUAGUCCAACAUAAGAGAUCUGGGUUUUAUUGAUGGAAAAAGCUUGGGCCAAAUCUUUUGGAUCUUAUUCAAAUAUUAUAUCUGGUGAUUCAUAAGAAGUAAUUCGUAGUUUAACUGGAGGUCCUUCAUGGAGUUUAAGGACUAAUUAGCCAGAUUUUAAGGAAUAAUUUUUUGGGAAUGUAUAAAGAAAAUGUUUAAUGACAACAGGUUCAUUUUCUAAAAUAAAUAUGUCAGAAAUUAUGGGUUUAAUAGCUGAUCAUGCAUAUUCUAUCUUAAAAAUUAGAACAAUUUAACAUCCAUAAAAAGGACAGGUAACAUUGAUUAAAUUGAGAAAUCCAUGGGGUAAAAAAGAAUGGAGAGGAGAAUGGUCUGAUGAUAGUCCAUCAUGGACUAAAGAAAUCAAAUAAUAAUUAAGAGUCUCUGAAAAAGCUGACGAUGGAAUCUUUUAUAUGUCUUAUGAAGAUUUUAUUAAUUAUUUUAAUACAAUCUAUGUGGGAUAUUUCUAAAAAGAUUAUCUAUAUAAUUCUUAAACUAUUGUAAGUAAAUCUCAUAAAUCUAUUUAUUUCAUUUUCAACAUAGAUUAAGUAGGUUAAUAUUACUUUACUACUCAUUAAAAAUCAGUGAGACAUUUUAAAGAGAAAUAUUCAAAUUAUGAAUAUUCUUCUGUAAGAAUGAUACUUGCUUCUUAGACUAAUUAAGGUUAUAUAUGGAAAUAUGCAAAGUAAGAGAGGGAUCAAUAAGUAUAUAUAGGCGAAACAUUUGAUAAAGGUCAGUACAUUUUACAAGUUAAAGUAAAAUGGUAAUUUUGGGAAGAAGAAAAGUUUGUUAUUAGCACUUAUGGACCAAAAGUAAUUAAAUUAAAGUAGAUCUAAAAAGAUAAAACAUUUAUGAACCAAGUUCUUUUCAAUUUAGCUAAGUAGAACACUUAAAAAGAAGAUAUUAAAUAUCCAAAUCUAUAAAUAACGACAGAGUUAUCACUUAAAUACGGGUAUUCAAUUAAAUUUAUCUUAGAGUUGGUUAUGAAUAUUAUAAAAACAUCGGAAAUGAUGUGAUUUAACUUAAAAGCACAUAUUCUAAAAUGAUUGGUUUAAAAUUAAGAAAGCCAGAAAGAGGAAAUCAAUAUUAAAUUACAUUAUUGCCCAAUUCAGAACAUCUGAUUGCAUAUACUAUUAGAGCAUAAGGAUAUGAAACAUAAUAAUCUAGGUCAUAUGUAAUAAUAUCAAAAUGAAAG